CAUCAACCUUCACUGGAUAUGCGUCUGACCCCUUUUCUUGCAGCGCUACCUGCUGCAAAUGCCGCAGCUUUCCAGCUGCCGUUCAAAAUCCCAUUCUUCCAAUCGAACAAGCAAGAAUUCCAACUUCCUACAAACUCAGAAACGCGUAUUGCAAUCAUCGGUGCUGGCGCAGCUGGUUCAUCGGCUGCCUACUGGAUAUCGAAGGCUCAAGAGCGAUUCUCUAUACCCAUAGAUGCGGUAGAUGUGUUCGAGCAAGCCUCUUAUGUCGGCGGUCGCACUGUGGUAUACCCGUAUGGCAAUCCAACCCUUCCAGCUGUCGAGCUCGGUGCCUCCAUUUUCAUUCCCAAAAAUCGCAAUAUGUGGCGAGCUGUGGACGAGUUCAACCUUACUCGGCGCGAUUUCCAAGAUGAAGAGGGUCUGGGAAUCUGGGACGGAGAAAAAUUAUUAUUUACGACGACUGGCGGCUGGUGGUCUUACUGGGACGCGGCGAAGGCUUUGUUACGAUAUGGCUUCCACUCUCCCAGACGAACUCAAAAGGCCGUCGAUGGAAUGGUGGCCAAGUUUUUGACCCUAUACUCCUCCCAAACACCAAAAUGGUCAAAAAUCGAAGAUUUGGCUACCGCUCUAGACUGGGAUUCGUUGGUCUCACGAAAUACUGUGGAAUGGCUCAAGGCGGAAGGAGUAAGCGACAAGUUCAUUUCAGAACUGGUAGAGGCAUCUACUCGUGUCAACUACGGACAAAAUGCGGAUGAGAUACAUGCGCUAGAAGGCGCUUGUUCACUUGCUCCUACCGGAGCUGUUGGUGUUCAAGGCGGCAACUACCAAGUUUUCGAGCAAUUCUUGAAUCGAUCCGGAGCAAAUCUCUAUCUAAACACGACGGUUAAAUCAAUUGCUCCGAGGUCGGGCAAAUGGAAAGUUGUCAGCGACCGAGGUUCCGAAACUUACACUGCUGUCAUUCUUGGGGCGCCGUGGCACUCGUCAAAUAUUCAACUGCCAGCGGAGAUAAAAAUACCCGUGCAACCCUAUGUUCACCUGCACGUAACUCUCUUGAGCACAACGCUUGCGAGUUUACCUGCGGAAUCGCUUGGCCUACCUUCUUCGACGAAGAUCCCGGCAAUGUUACUCACCACCUAUGAAGGUGCACGGAAUGGAGGAAAGACACCGGAAUUCAACUCGCUGUCGUAUCACGGCAAGAUUUCCGACGAAGAAUGGGUCGUGAAGAUCUUUUCCAAGCAGCGCAUCACAGACGACUGGCUUAACACGAUGUUCAAUGGCCAGGUCGGGUGGGUACAUCGAAAAGAGUGGGAUGCAUAUCCCGUCCUUCCACCCACUUCGACGUUCCCUGAGGUCAAGUUGGCCCCAGGGUUAUAUUAUGCCAACUCCUUCGAGCCGUUCAUCAGCACGAUGGAAACAGAGACUAUCUCUUCUCGGAAUAUAGUCGACCAACUGCUGGCGGAGCACUUCAAUGCAUCUAUCUGCGGUGCUACUGACGUAAUCAAAGAUGCGGACGACUAUGUUUAUGGCUGGGACUGUUAA